UUCUAAACUAUGGCCAACGCCGCCGCCGUCGCCGUCCCGAUCGUCGUCGCUGUCGUCCUCGUCUACGUCGUCAUGACGCGCAGCAUCAAGAUCGUCAAGGAGAAGGAGACGAUGGUCAUUGAGCGACUUGGACGCGUGCACAUGGUGCUUUCGCCAGGCUUCCACCUCAUCCUUCCGUUCAUCGACCGGCCUCGCACUCAUGACCAAAAGUACAUAGUCGAAGUCAGCGGACGCUUGACGCUUGUCGACAAGGAAGGAUACGAGACGAUUUCAACGCAAAACGAAGUGCUGGACUUUGCCAAGCAGCCCGUCAUUACGCGCGACAACGCCGCCAUCUUCCUCGACGCCGUCCUCCAAUACUCGAUCACGAGCCCACGCACGUACAUUUACACGGUCAAGAACCUCCCGCACCUCCUCAGCGUCCUGCUGCAAGCGCAGAUCCGCAACGUCGCCGGGUCGCUCGACGUCGACCAGAUCAUUGAAGACACGGCGCAGAUGGACCGCGUCUCGAGCCUCAUGGACGCUGCGGCGGUGCAGUAUGGCGUCAAAAUCUCCAUGGUCAAGAUCCAACGCGUCGACGCCGGCAACCUCAGCCAAGUGCUCGCUGCAAAGAAGCAGGCGGACUUGAAGAACAAGGAAAUCUUCAUCCAGGCCAAAGCACUUAAGCAAACGACCGUCAUCAACGCUGAGGGGAACCGCGACCGGAUGAUCAAGGAGGCCGAAGGCGAGGCGCAGCAAACCUUGUCACGCGCCCGCGGCGAAGCCCAAGCCAUUGUCAACGCGGCCAACGCCGAAGCCCGCAGUAUCAAGGAGAUUUCCAAAGUCGUGACGCGCAAUGGCGAGGACCCGCUGCGGUACCUCUUGGCACUCAAGUACAUUGAGGUCAUGCGCCAAAUUCUGUCGCUCAAGCACACCGAGGUCCAACUCAUGCCCUUCGAAACCACAUUCCUGCAGACUAUCAAAGGCUUUGGUCUCAAUACCGUCGCGCCGACGCGUACAUAGUCGGCUUCCUAAAAC